AUGGAAUUUUACGUCGCGUUAAGCGUGCUGUUAAUGGCGGGGGCGGCCCCGACAGCGAGUGGAUGUUGCUUUCCCCGCCAGUACGCCGCAAACCAGGGUAUCAUGAAGGCAACCGUGCAAGGAGGGCACUUCUCUAUCAUGUAUGGUAAUAUGUACUAUUGGUUCGACGCGGUACGGCGGAUGGAGACUUAUUUGGAAGACCUGACCGUAGACGGCGUCGAAUCCCGCGUCACCGUCAUCAAGGAUUACAACGUAACCAACACAAAGUACGUCAUUGCUAAUGAUAAAUGCCGUAAGAUGUCCCUUACUCCGUUUAAGGAAGGUUGCAUACCAGAUUGGGCGACGAAGCUUGUUGACUCCCACUUUGCGGACGCGGCCACGGGGCAGCGAAUCCAAAUCCACAAUACGAGCGCCGGCUCCGCCACCUCCUUCCUCGUGAGCUCACCUGACGGCUGCUUUCCCAUCUACGACUUGUCGGCAGUCCCCACUGGAUCCGCACCGUACAUGCAGGCUGUCCAAUUCUACAACUUCACGCUGGGCAUCCAGGAUCCCUCCGUGUUCGAUAUUCCCGCCAUAUGUCAGGACUCCUCCGUGCUCGGAUAAACUGUACUCGAGUGGGCAUGAAAUAUCCCUGUUGUAGGAUCCAGUGGGUUCAUUUGU